CUAGAAACUAUACAGCAUAUUAUUUACCGUUUCAGUUUCGAUAAAUCAUCUUCUUGCUGUAGCAGCAGAUGAAUUAAGCAUUCUAAAAUUGUUUUACCAAAAUAACAGGUCCGGAUGUUCAUCUAUCAUUUUCCUAAUGACAACAAAAGCAAUGAUGCUGUUGUCAUGGCGACCCCUGCCUCCUUGUAUGGCAUUAAGAAGACAUGCUUCUACAAUACAAGCUGGUGUACAGAGAUUUGUUCCUGCGAGUGGCUCAGUCGACUCCAGUGCUUUGGAGAAGCUCCAGGCUUUCGUGUCACAAGCUUCCCGUCUGUUUAUAAUCAGCGGUGCCGGACUCUCCACUGAAUCUGGAAUCCCAGACUAUCGGUCAGAAGGUGUUGGACUGUAUGCACGGACAGACAGACGGCCUAUGCAACACUCCGUGUUUGUGCGCAGUGCAAAAGCAAGGCAGAGAUACUGGGCGAGGAACUACUUGGGGUGGCCGCAGUUCUCUUCGCACUCACCGAAUUCAGCUCACUUUGCCUUAAGGGACUGGGAAGAUAAAGGAAAAUUGCACUGGCUUGUCACUCAGAAUGUAGACGCGUUGCACUUGAAGGCUGGACAUAAGAGACUAACUGAACUUCAUGGAAGUACACACCGGGUUGUGUGUUUGGGCUGUGGACAGUUGACUCGGCGAGCGGACCUUCAAAAGCAGUUUGCGGCUUUAAAUCCAGGCUGGGCAGCAAGUACAGGUGCUGUGGCUCCAGAUGGAGACGUGUUUGUGGAGGACGAGCAGGUCCUGCACUUAAGAGUACCUGCUUGCAAAGCCUGUGGCAGCAUCCUUAAACCUGACGUGACAUUUUUUGGUGAUGUAGUCAAUCGGGCAACGGUACAAUUUGUCCAUAACAAACUGGCAGAGUCUGAUGCUGUUCUUGUGGCUGGAUCCUCUCUACAGGUUUAUUCAGGGUACCGUUUUCUCCUUGCAGCCAGUGAAAGAAAACUACCAAUUGCUAUUGUCAAUAUAGGACCUACAAGGGCCGACCACCUUGCUCAGGUCAAGCUUAGCGCUCGAUGUGGAGAAGUGUUGCCAGCUAUUCAACUCAGUUGAUAGGGGAGUAUUACAGACCUCAAUUUUUGUUCUUCCCUGGCUCAAGAACCUUCAUUCAUGUUCUCAACCACAAUAAUCUAAUCCAUGAUCUAGUCCACACAACAUGAUGUAGCUUUUGGUUUGUGUCCGGGCUGAUUGCAUAUUUAAACUGAACUCUACCUCAAUGUGCAAAGAAUUACUUUAACACAUCUUUUAUUAGCAUUUUAGGUAAUCUCUUAUAUCCAUGUACUGUAUUCUUUCAAGUUAUUACUUGUAUUAAAAGACAACCACAAGGCAUCUUUAGCACUGUAGCUUUAAAAAUGUACUGUUUGAAUCAUGACUGAAAAGCAGCCACGAACCCCCAAGAAUAAAUAGUUGAAACAUACCACGAAAAUCAUAUCUUAUAUAAUAAGUAUAGACUUCUAAGCCCUAUUUUAAAACACUGUGGCUCGGUUUUACAAGUCUUAGAUUUAAGUAGAUUUCAAUGUGACUUAGAACUAAACUACUGGAUCUUUAGACAAAACAGUGGCACUGAUAUAUUUUAAGAUAUGUCAGGGCAAGUUGUGUCCAGACAGCUCAAACAUAUGACUUGCCUUAUGACUCGUCUUCAAAAUCAGGCCUAAAUUUUCUGAUACCAGUGAAUGUACACCAUUUACUUUUGUAAACUAAGGGAGUUCGAACAAGUCUAAAUAAUAUUUUGUUCCACCUAAUAAAUACAUUAUCUGAAAA